AUGUCGACCUCAACGGAAGUCCCUAGCCUAAAGAGCACGUACUACGCCGGGGCCUCCUUGCAGCUGUAUUCUCAUGCGCCGCCUGAACGUCCUGCGAAUGAACGGUGUUCCUACCAGAAGGAUGCGCUGCGCAUGAUUCGGAUUGAAGAUCGCCUGAAUACCUUCAUAGCUCGUCGAGUUCCCAUUCCUUCCAUACCCGCCAAUGUCUCCAUUAUCCUCGACAAACGGCUCCUUUCCAGCACUCGACGUAUUCCCCACGUCUGGACAGCACAUGUCCAGGAUUCAUCGCCAAACACCAGAUACCCGCCAACCAUAGUCGCAAAAAUAUACGAUCCCGUUUAUUUUGACUCGGGAGAGGCAGAGUUCUUUGAUCCAUUUGCCCUCCGCGACUUAACCGUCUCACGGGAGACAGAGGCAUAUCGACGUUUAAGGCAUCUUCAGGGAACGAAAAUCCCACGUUUCUACGGGCAUUUUGUAGCACCCCUACCUACUCAGGGCGAGAGAACUGUCAAUGUCUUACUGUUGGAGUACAUCCAUGGCAGGGAUUUACGAGAUCUUGUUCCCCAGGAAAAGGCGGAGAUGCUGUGUAGCUUACACAAAAACGCCCUCAUCGACGCGGUUCUCCGUCUACAUUUCGGCAUUUGUGCAUUGGGGGUGGUGCAGAACGACAUGCAGCCUAGGAACAUGAUCUUGCGAUGUGCUAGGUGCCGUGAUGCACCAUUUUGCUCGACGGAGGGAUGUCCAUUGCUAUCUGAGGCAGACUGUGAGGAUAUGCAGAUGGUGAUGGUAGAUUUUGAGGUAGUGAAUUUCGGAGAGCCGGAUAGCGAGAUCAGUAAUCAUAUACCGGUGGAGACCCUGGUCGAGAAGGCGAAGCCAAAGUAUCUCGAAAGGUAG